UUGUUUAAAUUGUGCAUGAACGAUGUCGAUGUUGGACAUUUGGUGGCUUCCUGACUGGGUCCUGCUGCUUGUCGUAAUCGCAGUCUUGACUGUCCUAUAUUCCCGCUACUUCGCCGAUAACAGAGUGAAGUAUGGUCUGCCUGGACCAGAUCGGUGGCCUCUGUUAGGACACUUGCCCCUUGGGUUCAAACUUGGCUUCCUUGAGUUCCACAAACAUCUUUCGAAUAAAUAUGGUAAGAUGGUUGCGUUGUCUCCUGGUAGCUUAGAUGCAAGGUUUGGAACGCUUAUUAUAUCCGACCUGGACAUGAUCAAAGAGAUCUUGGUCAAGCAGGGGAGCAUCUUCACUGACCGAAAUGUUGAUGAAAAAACCCAGGUGAAGCCUUUGGACAAAACAAUACUGAGUUUGAAAGGGGACCAUUGGAAACAAGUCCGUGGCACGAUGACACCAACAUUCAGCUCUGGAAAAUUGCGUCAAAUGAAUGGCCAUAUUGUGGAUUGUGCAAAGACAACAGUGAAAAAUCUUCAGGUUAUUGCCAAAAAGGGUGAAACCUUUGACAUGCAGGAAAUCUGGGGAGCCUUUGCCAUGGAUAGCAUCUGCGCCACUGCUUUUGGAAUCAAAGUUGACUCCCAGAACAACCCUGAGGAGCCCUUUGUUGCCAAUGCAAGACAGCUACAGAGUGCCAGUUUUGCAAACCCUUUUCUUCUCCUGUUUAUCCUUGUACCUCGCCUGAUGGUUUUGUGUGAGCCUCUCCUUCCAUAUCUCGUUGGAAACUUUAUCAAGCCUAUCCGUUUUUUUCAACAUGCAACGGAUGAACUUUAUGAUGAAGGUCAGAAGUCCAAAAAUGGGAAGGCCAUUGAUUUUAUCCACCUGAUGCAGAAGGCCCAUGAGCUUCACAUGGAUAAUGAUGAGCUGGCAGAUGAUGUGAAGGAGGUUGGGAAGUGGAAGAAGAGGGCCCUGACAAGGGAUGAGAUUGUGGCCAAUGGAAUGGUAUUUUUCUUAGCAGGCUUCCGUACCACUUCUGAAACACUGAGUUUCAUGUGCUACAACUUGGCUAUCUACCCUGAAAUCCAAGAGAGACUGCAGAAGGAGAUAGAUGACACCCUCCAGGGAACAGACCCCAGCUACGACAACGUGGCCUCUCUGCAGUACCUGGACCAAGUGAUGUCAGAGACCAUGAGAAUGUACCCUCUUGGCUUUGUGUUGGACCGUGUCCCAAAUCAGGAUACCACAGUGAAAGGUUUGUUCAUCCCCAAAGGGACCUCAGUUAUCGUCCCUGUCUAUGCCAUUCACCACGACCCAGAGCUGUACCCAGACCCUGAGAAGUUUGACCCGGAGAGAUUCACCCCAGAGGCCAAGGCAAACAGGAAUCCAUACAGUUACAUGCCAUUUGGACUUGGACCACGGAAUUGCAUUGGAAUGCGCCUGGCACUGCUGGAAAUGAAAGUGGUGAUAGUGAAGGUGCUCCAGAACCUCACUUUCAAAUCUUGUGAGAAGACCCAGGUGCCAAUGAAGUUUUUGAAAAGUCGCCCAAUGAAACCCGAAAAAGGAAUCUGGCUCAAAGUUGAGGAGAGAUGCCAAUGAGUGUGGGGGCACUUGUGGAGCUAUGAUUGUCUAUUAAUGACACUUUUGUUAAGCAAGGAUGAGGCUCUAACAGGGGCGGAUCCAGAGAUAUUUUCUAAAAGUCUUCCAAAUUAUCUUUGUCAAUCCAUUUUUCAUUUUUGACCAUCUUCUGUUAGAAAAAAAUUAGAUGCCCAUCAAUGUAAACUUGAAAACUUUACCAUCUUCCAGAAACCCAGAAGAUCCGCCCCUGUUUAAGGUUAAUUUAUGUGUUAUGUUAUCCAAUGUUAGUUAUACAGUAGGGUUAUAUAUAUAUAUAUAGUAAUCUGUUAUAUUCUAAAAUAUAAAAUUUCUAUCAGUCAUUUUUUUAUUUUUUUAUUAUAUAAACCUAAAUUUUAAAAGUGAUCUGUGAAAUUUAUUUUGUGACAUUUUUUUCUGUUUGUAAGGGUUUCAAGGCUCCUUCCAAAUGAAACUAUUGGCCUACAUAGAUUGAUCUUUUUCUGCAGGCACUGUUGCUGAAUGCAGUCAGAUAAACAGAUUAACAUGCCUCUUCUUGUUUCCAAUGUACUGGAAUCACCAGCUUUUCUACAGCUGCCCAAUGCCAGGAGGAGACCUUUUAAUCUGCUAAUCUGAUUACAAGUGAGAGUCCCUGGGGAGUUGGAUUGACCUAUGUACACCUACAGUAAACAGUGAUGGCUCGAUCAAUUCAAACUGGAAAAAGUCAUAGAUUUUUAAGAUACAUAAUUUUCGAAUCAUUAAAAAUACAUUUCUGUGUAGCAUUUUGGUGCUUUUGCUGUAUAGAGUAGAACGAUUUAGUAGUCUGCUUUUCAAUUGUGUAGUAAUGUUCUAAUUUUUUAAAACAAUAUAUUACUUAAAAAAAUACAGUAUCUGUAAAAUUCACAAAUAUGAUCAAGCCAUUACCGGAGUUUCAUUGGGAGUGAACCCUUAAACCUAUAUUGACAGGGUAGGUUUAUCAAUCCUGUAUAAAGGUGCUUAAUACAUAACAAUUUCUCAAUGAGUUUUUGACAGAUAAUGUAGGUGCAAUCUCUGCAUAAGAUGUUAGUUUAAUGUAAUUUACAAUGUAUAUUAUGCUGAUUCAUUGCCAGAUAAUUUGCUAUUUUAGUCAAGUAAUAGUGGAUGUCAUAUACUCCCAAUAUAUACUUAAAAAUUCUAGGGUUUUUAAUCUUACGUGACUAAAACCUAUUUUACUUUUUCAUAAUGACAAUUUUAUUGUGAACAUUGUGGCAAGUGUUAGUUUUGAUUGACACGAUUUUUAAAAUUUAAAUACAAUUUAACACCAUGAACAAAGGAUAUUCCUCAAAUUAAACAUCCCAAUCACUGGUUCUGAUUUCAGAGUAAGGAAGACUCCUUGUUUUGAAUAAUUAUUUAUCUUAAACAAUUGUGGAACUUGUUUUUGUUUGGUGUUGGGUGUUAGAUAACUUGGAUCUGUUUUAUUUGAACAAAUUUCCUGGUACCAAAAUGAUGAGGAAUGUGUUUUUUGUACUAUUAUCAUAUUUUGUUUAUCUGUUAAUCUGGUGGCAUGCAUCGAGAGUCCCGGCAGAGUUGAACCAAUCUCUGUAGAAUAAUAGUUUCAUUGAGAGUGAGCCAGGCGUUAAUCACUGGUUGUCAGUGGGUGGCGUUAGCCACUAGUCCCUUGUCCACAGACUGUGUUCUCACUUCAAAAUACGGAAGACUCUCUGUAUUUUUAAUUAUUAUUAAUCUCAAACAAAUAUCUGAAGCCAAAGUCUGUUGUGUUAAGAUGUUCAAUGUACUGUAUUAGUUUGUCUUUUGUAAAUUAUAAAAUUAAUUGCAGUUCCAUUCAUUUUUUGUAGCACAGUGUUCGUAGAAGUUACGUGAAUGUUAUGAGAAUUGAACAAAGUAUCUCUUUUUCUGGGUCUCUCAAGUUAAUAAUCAUAUUUUUAUAAGAUCAGUAAAAAAUAAUUGAGUCGUUGUAUAAAUGAAAUAUGU